UGUAGCCAAUCAGCAUCGCCUAUUCCGAAAAGCGAGAAUGCCCCCGAAGGGCGACAGUGACGACCACGGUCGCGCCCAGCGCCGCCUCAAGCAGCAGCGCCGCCGCGCCCGCGAAGCCAACGUGCACCGAGACCUCGAGCAUCAAGUGUAUGUGCUCCAGCAGCUUAUCACGCACUACAAGCCUCGUUCCAAGACCAUUCUGCCGUGGACACAAGUCGCCUCGGCGCUGCACGACGCCGCCGACGAUGCACUGAUGACCAACGCCGCGCUACUCACUCAACGCGAACAACUUCAGAGGCUCGGACACUGCCUCGCGUCCUGGGCUGCGGCGGUUAAUCGCCGCUACAACGUGCCGGCAGCGAGCGAGCCGUUUGCGUGGCAGCACGUGCUGCUACCGACCGACCCGAUCGCGCGCCGCACGAGCAUUGAUUGGUUCAGCCAGCGCCUCUUUCACAACACGGACCGGAUGCUGGCGCACGCGUCGUUUCCGUCGUCGUCGUUGCGUGUCAUGGACCACGUCGAGAUCGACUGCGGCGACGACUUGCUCGAUAUUACCGCGCGUCUGCAGGUCGACAUUGCAUUGCCACUCGAAGCUGCGUACUCGGCCCUGCGGAAUACGAUCUGGUCGAUCCUGCGCGGGGACAAUGAACCCAGGCCGUUGUCUUUUAUGGAUUCGGAGGCGUUGCAAGCGAUCGAUACCAAUCUGUUUCUUAUGCAGCUUGGCACCGCCGACAAUGUCGACCAUUUCGUUGGACGCGAAUUUCACGGACCAAACCGAGUUGUGUUCAUUUCGGGCAACAUCUUUUCGCGGCUUCACGACCGCAGUAUGCCGUGGCGUCCCCGUCUCUUUUGGCACACGCUCGACCGCCUCGGUCCGACGACGACGCGGCUGCGGGUGCUCUUCUACAACGCGCCGUGCAUUGGCGCUGGCGGUCGGCGCACUUCAUGGCAAGAAGAGUUUCGACACGCCCAGAGCAUGCUGGCUUUGGAGCCUCAAGCCGACGAAUGGGCGGCAUACCAGCGCUACAUGGACGGGUUCCAUGCGACUAUGCUGCAACAGUAUUCGCAACGCCUCGGUUUGCACUUGCUUCCGACUGUCUAGUCGUACGCUGAAUACAUAUAUAUCAUGAACGGCAC